UCACCAUUCACCAUUCACCUACUCACCCUCACCUCUCUACCUGCUUAGUCGCUUAGUCGCAUUUUCGCCUGUUUGCCCAUCUCCUUCGACUCAGGCAAUCACACCCGCUCUACUGAUACUUUCCUACGACUGAGACUGUCUUGAACAGUGUCAGGGUGAGCCAAAACCCGCCAUAAUGAAGGUUUUCUCCUCAGGAUGUACCUUCGACUACUCGUGGGACGAGGUGUCGACAGCAAACUGGCGCAAAUACUGUCCCUGGAACGACAAGUCCACCCACGUUGUGGGAGUAGACACACUUUCUCGAUCGGUUGAUCCAAGCACUGGCAUCUUGCGAACCGAACGUCUUAUCACGUGCAACCAAUCUGUACCACAGUGGGUUCUCUCGCUGCUUGGUGGAACUACCACAUCCCACGUCUAUGAAAUCUCCUAUGUCGACCCAGUUGCCAAGAAAGUUACUAUGUGCUCUACGAAUCUCACAUGGUCGAAUGUCCUCAGCGUACGCGAGACUGUCACCUACCGUCAAUCCUCCCUUAGCCCGACCACUACCACCGAUUUUACUCAAGAAGCGAAAAUUACUGCUCUUUGCGGUGGAUGGCAGAAGAUCAAAAACAAGGUCGAGGAUGCCAGCGUCGAACGAUUCCGUGAAAACGCCAAAGUUGGCCGCGAAGGCUUUGAGGCUGUCCUUGAAAUGAGCCGUCGCGUCUUCGGCGAACAACGUGACCUCGAAAAGCAACGAAUGCAGGCAUAAACCACCUGUCACCAUCGACAUCUUUCAGCACCGUCUUUUGAUACCAUUUGCAUAAAGCGACUGCAUAUUCCGGCGUAUGAUCUGCAUUUCGAAGCAUGUGGCGUGUGGAGUUUUCGUUUGAUCUUUCCUUUAACCCUCGACUCCCGUGGAUCAAACACCACUCAUGGCCUUAAAAAGUUUGCAC